AUGGUUGCCGUUAGCCAAUCCCUCCCCGGCACCCCUACUCCAGGUCCAUCUAAUGCUGACAACGCCGUCAUCUCCACCCUACAGUCUCUGGUUAGCGCGAUCCAGACCAUCGAUGCACGCCUCCAAUCCCUGGAAAAAGCGACAACUACAUCAUCCACCUCAGCCGCCACCCAGGCCUCCAUGCGGCAAACAGGCUUAAUGGAAGCUCAGGCUUCCACAUCCACUUCACUGGAAGUCGCCCAACAUUCUCUGGCAUCUGCAAUCCCCGCUCCUCCACUGGCUACUGCAAGGACGCCCAUCCCCGGUCGGUAUGCCCCUGGCGCAUGUCCAGGAUCCCGCCACGGCCGGGGAAACAGUUUGACUCAGGGUUUUCGGGUCGGAGUACUCACACUGCCUACCGAAACGUACAUGGCUAAAAAUUUGCAAUCAGCGGUAAACGAUCCAGGUGUGGUGUUUCAGCUGCUCGAGAAAGAGGUUAAUAAGAAAUACGUCAUCGGCCCUUUCAAGUCCUCUCCAUUCCCUGUGUUUCGCACCAGUCCAGUUGGCGUAGCCACAGGUAAAUACUCAGGAAAGAAAAUAUUAAUUUUCAAUCUGUCCGCUCCCCGCUCAGGCUCAGUUUCAAGCAUUAACAGUCUCAUCCCUUCCGAGUUGUUUUCCCUUCACUACGCCUCUGUCAACAAUGCCAUUCAAUUAAUAAAGCUAGCUGGGCAAGGAGCUUGGCUUUCUAAAGCAGACAUUACAGAUGCAUUUAAAAUAGUGCCUAUUCAUCCGUCACAGUGGCAUCUCUUCGGAAUCAGGUGGGAUUCCAAAUUUUAUUUCGGGGUGUGCUUGACUUUUGGGUGCCGGAGCAGCCCAUAUAUAUUCAACCAAGUUUCCGAAGCACUUUGCUGGAUCCUGCUUAAUAAAGUUAAGGUCCCCUCAGUCCUUCACUUGCUGGAUGAUUUUCUGUUGGUAGAUGCCCCGCAUGACAACUCAGGUUCAUCGCUGCUUAAUCUGAAACAUUGUUUCCGCUCCCUCGGUAUUCCUCUGGCAGACGAGAAAACCAUGGGUCCAGACACACGUCUGGAGUUCCUGGGCAUCACACUAGAUUCAGUAGAGAUGAAAGCGUCUCUCCCAAACGCGCAGUUAGAGCGCAUCCGUGAGAUUUCUAAAUCAUAUUGCGCUGCGGAGAACAUAACCAAACAGCAGUUACUUUCCCUCCUCGGCCACGUCAUUCCCCAGGGACGGUCUUUCAUAUCCCGCUUGCUGGACUUGGCGUCCUCCGUGUCCAAUUUACACAAUGUAAUCGCUCUCGAUGACAGGUGCCGCUCGGACCUACGGUUUUGGUCUCUUCUACUGGAACAAUGGAAUGGUGUAACAUUAUUUUACAACGAUCGGGUCUAUUCCUCUGAUUCGCUGAAGUUUUAUACAGAUGCCGCGCCAUCCGUGGGUUUUGGGGGAUUCUAUCAAGGCGAGUGGUUUGCUAGCCACUGGCCGCCCUCGUUUUCUCAGUUCGAACAGUCCUCCGCUCUGUAUGAGAUUUACCCCAUGGCCGUGGCCUGCUUUGUCUGGGGAGUUCUGCGGCAGUAG